ACAGUCAGACCAACAAUGGCCGACAGAACCGACCGUCCCCAUCAAGUCCAAAUCCACACACAGCCUGGCCGAAGGGGUGCACUAACCGGUAUGGGCGGUGGUGGUCCGUCGGCUAGUAAAGUUCUAGCCGUGAUCACUCUUCUCCCAAUAGGUGGAAGUCUUCUUGGUCUUGCAGGCAUGACACUAGUUGGAACACUCAUAAGCUUAGCGGUUGUGACACCAAUUUUCUUAAUCUGUAGUCCGGUUCUUGUUCCGGCUGCCUUUGCGGUGGCUCUUUCUGUCUUUGCUUUCCUCACGUCUGGUGCAAUUGGGCUGACUGGAAUUUCGUCUCUUUCGUGGGCGUUGCAAUCUGUUAGGCAGGCUACAGGUACAAUGCCUAAUCAGCUGGAAGAAACCAAGAAACGGGUGCAGGAAAUGGCUGUUCAAAUGGGGCAGAAGACCAAGGAAGUUGGGCAAACUAUUGAGACUAAGGCAAAGGAAUCUGGGAAAUGAUGAAUUAAUGUAUUA